AUGUCCAAGCCCAAGUCAAAAACAUCGGGCCCGCCCCCACUGGGCGGCCAGGUCCCCUCGCCCUUCAGAAAAUCAAGCCAGCAGAACGUCAACGCGCAGUCCAGCCCAAAGUUUUAUAAUGGUCCCACGGUAGCCUCCAAACCCCCCACCGCCAAGGACAAGGCCGUCGUCGCCGGCACCAAAGCUACCGCCGUCGCAAAGACAUUACAGACCAGGACUGUCGCCAAGGUGCGGCGUCAUCCCUGGGGCUUUGUCUCCCUCCUCAGCACCAUCCCCUUCCUCAUCAUCAUCUCCCUCGCUUCCACGGUCCUCUGUCCUCCUCCGGGGACUUCGGCAGUGAACAAGUACCUGCUUUCCCCGCUUGGUUACCCCGAACACCAAUCGCACCCCAUCCUCUGUUAUCCCGCCAACGUCUACAACGCCGAAGUCCUCCAGCCUUACGUCUACCCCGUGCUGGACGACCUGCAAGCAAAGCUCAUCACCUCCUCCCCUUAUGUCAACUAUGUCGAACCCGCCUCCGCCCAGGCGCAACGCGUUGGUGUCAAAGUCUGGAACGGUCCCGUCAAGCCCGUCGUCACCCGGAUCCAGCGCGGUAUCCGACGAUUCUACCUCACAUUCGUCGAGCCUCACAUCCCAUACUUGAAAGCACGAUACCACACUUUCGUCGACCCUUAUACUACCCGCAUUUCGGCGCUCACUGCGCCCCAUCUGGCCUCUGCCCGGGCUUACGCAUCGCAGGCGGGAGCCAACGCGUACGGUACGUACCAGUACGCUGCUAGCCACCCUUACACCGGGCAUGCUAGUAGGUACGCCCAACAGGGGUACAAGGUGGGGUCACAGAAGGGAUUCGAGGCGUACAAGUGGAGUCGGCCGCAUGCUAUCCGAGCUGGAGAGGAGGCUAGGAGGAUCGCGACGCAGGUACUUGGACCUAGGGCUGUCAAGGCGGCGGAGAUUGCUUUUGCGCAGAUUGAUGCAGCUUGGAGGGUCGUCAAGGCUCAAGCUUGCGCCCAAUACCGUACGCACCUCGAACCCCACGUCGGCCCGCAUCUCAAGACUGCCGCCGCCGUCGCUGCUCCCUACUACGCCCUCUACAACAAACACAUCCAUACCCCCUACGUCCAGCCCGCUUAUCAAUCCGUCUUCCCCCCGACGAAAGAGCCCAAGACGUUUUUGAAGAUGCUUGCGGACUGGCUCCCUACCAGCGGCUUGACGGCGGCUGAGACGAGGGGUGGGCUGGAUGAUUAUUUUACGGAUGUGCAAAAGGCCAAGAAGGGUAGUACGGGAGAUUUGAAGCUGGGUGAGAUCAAGCCGAAGAAGGGGGAGAAGAUUGUGAAGGCUGAGGCGAAGAAGCCCAAGGUUGAGGAGAAGUCCAAGAAGGACAACAAGCGCUGGGACCGGGCGACUAUGAACGACGCUAUUAAGACUUUCCGCGCCAAGGUCGACGAGCAGGGCAAGACGAGCGAAAAGCAAGUCAAGAAGGAGCUCAAAGAACACAAUGACGGCGUGGUCCAACGCACCAUCCCCGAAUUCGCGACAAACAUGCGUUCCGAGGUCGACAAGGAAAUCGAAUACGUCCUCAAGGGUCUUGACCGACUAUACACCCAAUCGCCUACUCUUACGCGGGAGCAAGUGAAGGACUCGAGCGAUAAGGCGGAUGAGAGGGUCGGCAAGAGUUUGGACAAGAUCAAGGCUAGGUUGGAUCUGGUGAAGAACAGGGUGCAUGGGGAGGCAAAGCCGAUUGUGAAGGGGCAGUUUGAUGUGCUCGAUACGCUUUUGGGAGCCGAGUAUGUCAAGCUUGCUGAGCAUAUGUCUUGGGUGGACGAUAUUACUGUCAAGGACUGGGACAAGUAUCACGAGAUCCGCAAACUCGCUUCCGCCUGGAAAGACAAGUACAUUGCCCUCCACGAAGAACCCACCACUUUCAAACCUUUCGCCGAGCUGCGUACUGAACUCAGCGACAUCCACGAGGGUUUCAGGACCAGGCUUGGGAUCUUGAAGAGAACCGCGGUGGACAGGAUUGAAGCUAGGGAAGAGGUUGAGGCUGCCAAGAAGGAAAACGCCAAGAAUAUCAAGGAGAAGAAGCCUGAACCUGGAAAGGCUAGCAUCUUACCGGUUGUUGAGGGUGCUGGAGCUGCUGCUGCCGGGAUCGCUGGUGCUGGCGGGGUCAUUGGCAAGGGUAAAGAACAAGUCCUCUCUGCUCUCUCUGCAGCCUCCCCUACGCCUACCGCCGGCUACGCCGCCCAAGCCCAGUCCAGCGCCGAGUCAAUCCUUUCCGCCGCUAGCCAGAGCGUACACGAAGCGACAAGAUCAGCGUACAAGGCUGCUGGUGGUACACCUUCCCCCGAGUCGCCUAGGGAGUAUGCCGAGAGCGCGUAUGGCGCUGUGAGCCUUGCUGCGGCGGAUGUUUUGGCGCAGGCGAGUAAGAGCUUGGAUGCUGCUACCAAGAGCGCUAUCCGUGCUGCUGGCGGUACUGCUUCGCCGGAAUCUCCCAAGGAACAUCUUGAGAGCGUUUACAAGGCCGCUAGUGAGGGUCUUGAGGCGCUUGCUGUUGGGGCUGCUGGUGCUGCCCACGAGGCGACAAGAUCAGCUUCUAGGGCUGUUGGCGCUACGCCCACUCCGGAAUCUAUUGGGGAGAGCUACGAGUCGGUCGUUGCUGCUGCUAGCUCUGCGUCGCAGGGGGUCGUUAGUGCCGCUGGCAAGCAAGCUCGGGACGCGUCUAAAGCUGCUGUGAAGGCUGUUGGAGGAACACCUUCGCCCGAUUCGCCUGCGGAGCACGUCGAGUCUGCUUAUCACGCCGCGACCGACCAGGCGGCGUCUAUCGCUUCAGACUAUGCUUCUUCCGCGUCAGUCCUCGCCAGCGAUGCGAGCGCGUCAGUGCAUUCUGCUACCCGAUCGGCUUUGAGCGCUGCGGGUGCCCAGCCGACUCCCGAAUCUGCUGAAGAGUAUCUCGAGUCUAUUGCGGGUGUUGUUCAGCAGGGCGCUGCGUCGGUGUACUCUGUGGCGGGCGAGAAUGUGCAUGAUGCUACAAGGAGCGUUGUGAGGGCUGCUGGCGGUACGCCCACACCCGAGACUCCCGGAGAGCACGCCGAGUCGCUCUACAAUGCUGCUAGUGAAGGCGUUGUUGAUGCUGCGGAUGCUGUGACGGAGCAGGCUGCUAGGAUCUACACCGGUAUUCAAGAGGCGUUGGGUGUGGUUUCUACGCCUACGCCGCUGGCUUCUUCUGCUUCCAGCUAUCUCGCGUCGGUGGCUUCUGAAGGAUCAUCGACUGCUGCCGAAGCGCUCGCCACCGGUUCGUCUAUCCUCUCUUCGCUCCAGAGCGAAGCCUCCGUUUCUCUUCACUCUGCUACCCGAUCAGCAUCUUCCGCCCUCGGCGCUACGCCCUCCCCUGAAUCACCUGGAGAGUACAAGGAUGCGGCUGUCGAGCAGGCGCUGAGUGCGAGGAGGGCGGCAGAGAGUUUGGUGAGAAAGCAUGCGGGGCAGAUUAAGAGGGAUCUGGAGGCGGAGGGAAAGACGUUUGAGGAUUAUAGGCAUGAUCAUGCGGCGGGUGGAGUUGGGCAUAACCAUGGGCAUGGUCAUGAGGGACAUGCGCAUGAUGAGCUGUAG